AUUUCAUUGUUCAACUGAAUUCGUUUGAAAAAUUAAAUGUUGAAUUUUUUUUUAAAAAAGUAAUCCUGUUUAAUUAUAUACCAUACUUGUUCUUUUUCUUACCAAUUAUAUGAAAUAUCUAUAUCCAUGAAGAUGUGAAAAUUAAGAGCAGUAGUAUGGUUGAUUUUUUGCAGCAUUGGAUUAUCUCCCUUUAUAUCCUUCUCAAACGCAAGUUCUGAAAGCAUCCCCGUUACUUCUUUGUAUUCUCAACCAUGGGCAAAAAUAAAAUUAAGCAUGAAUUAAUUUCUCAUGAACCAAACAGGAGAGUCACCUUCAAGAAGAGAAAGGCAAGUCUGUUCAGAAAGCUGACUGAGAUAACAACCUUAUGUGGGAUUAUUGCCUGUGCUGUGGUCUAUGAUCCUUCUGAUUCCAAGAUGGAUGCGUGGCCUUCUCCACAAGAAGCGUUUUAUGUGCUGGAAAAUUUUAAGAAAUUACCCGAACAAAGACGAGGACAAUUUAUGAUGGAUCAAAAAGCCUUUCUGAAGAAAAAUAUAUCCAGGCUGAAUGGACAAUUGGAAAGAGCCAGAUUUAAAAAUCAAGCACUUGAUGCUGAGCUACUUUUGAUUGAAUAUCUGGAAGGUAAAAAUUUGCCUGAUUCUAGUCGUCUCGGAAGUUUGUUAACACUAGAAGAUCAAUUGGCUAAAAAAAUUAGUUUCAUUACUAAUAGGAUUGAGUUCAUGGAAGGUCUUGAGCCCGGUAAAGUUGAUGCUGAAAUUAAUUCUGAUGAGAUGGGGGAUCAAGGCUAAUUUAGUGUCUUUAGAGGGAAGUAGUAAUAAAAGCUCUUAAAAAAUAAAAGUUGUGUUGUGUGGAGAGAGGCAGUGCUGGUGAUACAGGUGUUCUUAUUUACCUGUACUGUCCCAAAAUGUACUUUUCUCUUUCUGUUGACCUGACCAAAUGCAGUUUUUCUUUAUUUAUCAAUGAUGCUC